ACUCCACAAGAUGAUGAAUCAUGGUUUCUAAGCUUACCUACUGAUCUAAAACAUCGCUAUUCAAGUGGUAGAAUGAUUAAAGUACAAAAAAGCCCAUUCAAUUCAUUUCCAUUUCAAGUGUUUGCAAUGGAAAGUGACAGUCCAAGAAAUGAAGGAGAAGAAACUGUAUUGUUGAUUCAUGUGUUCGGUGCUAAUUCUUAUUCGUUUCGUAAUGUCAUUAAAUCAUUGGGCUCCAAUGGAAUUCAUGCUGUUGGAAUUGAUUUACCUGGUUCAGGGUUCUCUGAUAAAUCUGAAUUUGUAGUAGAAUAUGAGAGAUUGGGUGGAAUUUCCGGUUGGUUUCAUGAUGUUUACAGUGAUUUAAGAGAAAAGGGUUGGUUUGAUCAGCUGGUUGGAAUUCCUAGUUACGAGGAUGAAACAACUCAAAAAACUAGGAGUCUGGCUAAGAUUCUUAAGCCAAUGGACAUAGAUCUUUCUUCUCCUGUUCAUAUAGUUUUACAUGAUUUCGCUUUGGUGAUGUGUGGUAGUUGGGUAUCGUGGAAUCUAGAGGUGGUCAGAAGUAUAACAUUGAUCGAUUCUACUCCGGCGUCUACAGCUUUGCCGUUACGGAUGUUAGAAAUGCUGGUUGUCAGAGAUCUAGUGUUGGGAUUUUCAUCUGCGUACCUGGGAUUGCUUAGAAAUUGUUGUUCUGGAUCAGUUAACAGGACUGUUGCAGAGGCUCACAGGGUGCUCUUGACAGGUAGGGAUGGUAGAAGAGGUGUUCUUGGAGUUAAGAAAGUUAGAGAUGGUCUGGAUUGCAGCAUUGGUGGUUUUGAUUUAGGAGAUUGGGCUGAUUUCAUGGAAGAAGACUGUUGA